AUGGAAUGGCGCAACUGCCACAAUCUCUUCACAACCCAAUAUCGGCGAAAAUACAUAAUCGCCACCUUUCCCAUCCUCGCAGUCCAAAUCAAACAGAGCAACAAGCCUUCGCGCCUCCAUGCAUAUAAUUUCAAGCUCGCUCGGCCCUUCCUCCCCACCGCGAAUCUCCCGACUCAUCAUCUCACCAAUCUCGGCAAGACAAAGCCCGUAAUCCGCUGCCUCCUUCAAAAAACUCGUGCAGAGGAACAGAACUCGCAAGCAAGCCUCCCGAAUCAUAGGGAGCUCGCUCCUCAGCAUCUCCAAGUCCCGGACAGGGUCGAGAUUUUUUAUAUAAUCGAGCUCAUCGUCCGAGAACGGAAUCGAAGCCUGUGGCCAGUGUACCCACUCAAAAUACGGGUCCUCAAGACUCUCGGGCAGGCAAAGGCCAUGGUCGAUUGGGAUCAGCUCUACCCCACCAAAACCCCUAUCCUUCCGGACAAGGAGAUUCCCCGCAUGCCGGUCCGUGUUAAGAAUCCGCACGUCCAGAAUCCCGAUCCUGUGCACCGCAGCCACGGGGAAGCUCGACGUCCCGUAAUCCCCAGCGUCGAAAUCGUGCCUAACGUAUGCCUGGAAGGACGCGAUCUUGCUCAUGGGCUCGGACUCGGGCUCGGCCACACCUGUACAGCAGUUGACAUUAAAGACAGAGUGGGUGAUUUUGACGAGAGCAGUCGGGGGCACGCCAGCGAAGCUUCCAUGGUCAAGGAGAUAAGCUGCGACCUCUCGAAAACCCGUCUCGCCGACUCGAACCGAGCGCUUGAGGCCCGGCCUGCCGAGCGCUCGGCCCACGAACCCUUUUGGGUUGUUGGGCGCGAACGGCUCCUCGUCAGUGGGCUUCACAAUGGCGACAUUCUCUCCCCAGACGUUUUUAAAUACGCGCCACCGAGGCCGCCAUUGAUGGGCACGGGAUCAACCCCGUUUUUCAUACCUUUCACGACCUCUUUGACGAGAGGUAUUGUUUGGGCCGAGCGGCCCAGAAUCUCGAUGGGCCCACUUGGGUCGGUUUUGUGUGCGUCACGGCCGGUGGGGGAGAGGCAAGGGGUUGAGGAGCUUCGGUGGAUGAGAUUGCGGGUGAGGAGGAGAGGGGAGUCGUUUUGGACGGAGCUGAGGUCGUUUUUGAGGACUGUGUCGCCGAAUGUUAAGGAGCUUUCGUCGAUGGGGAUGUUUAGGGCGAGCUGGAGCCGUUUUUUUACGGUGCGCACGUUGUCGCACCUGUCGAGCUCCAUUCCGAGCACGCUGCCGUUGUCUGUCUGCACGAAAACACGCCUCCAGCAGGUUGGCUUGCCUUCUGUUGGGCACUCGCCAGCUGUAAGCGGAGCCUUGAAAGCUGCCACGGCCAUCUGGGGAUGA